UUAAUUAGUGGGACUGUAAAUUAAAUUAGUGAUAUUUGGAGGAAGAAAAAGCUGUAAUGGAGUAGCUAACACUAAAAUCACAAAAGCAAAACCUCCAUCCAACACUUACAACGAAAAUGGUGUCUCCGUUUUCUCUCACUACUCUCUCUCAUAUUCCUCCUCCGGCAAUUCUGCGGCCUUCUUCUCCCCGGCGGUCUCUGAACGGAAGAAUUUCUCUCAAAGUCGCUUCAGCUUCAGCCGAUUACGCCUCUCCUAAAGUUGUAGUCACGAGAGAACGCGGCAAAAACGGCACGCUCAUUAAUGCUUUGGAAACUCGUGGAAUUGACUGCCUAGAGCUCCCUCUUAUCGAACAUAAUCAGUUGCCUGAUUUUCACAAGCUUUCUUCUAUAUUGAGCAGCACUUCAUUUGACUGGAUCAUCAUAACUUCCCCUGAAGCAGGUGUUACAUUUCUCGAUGCUUGGAAUGCUGCAGGAACCCCAAAAGUUAGGGUUGGAGUUGUUGGAGCUGGUACAGCAAGUAUAUUCGAGAAAAUUGUGCCAUCCUCAAAGCAAAGCCUCAAUGUGGCUUUUGUUCCAUCAAAAGCUACUGGCACUGUUUUGGCAGCUGAGCUUCCAAACUACUGUAAUGCAAGGAGCAGUGUUUUGUAUCCUGCUUCAGCAAAAGCUAGCAAUGAGAUUGAUGAAGGACUUGCAAAGCGUGGAUUGAGUACUAGAUUAAAUACUUAUACCACGGAACCUAUUAGUCAUGUGGAUCAAAUGGUUUUAGAAGAGGCACUAACUGCUCCUGUGAUAGCUGUAGCUUCACCUUCUGCAGUACGUGCUUGGGUUAGUCUACUGCCAGAAUCACAAAAGUGGGAUAACGCUGCUGCGUGUAUCGGUGAGACAACUGCUUUAGCUGCUAGAAAGUUGGGCUUACGAAAUGUUUACUUCCCGUCAAAUCCUGGCCUUGAAGGGUGGGUUACUAGCAUUUUAGAAGCCCUCCAAGUCAACAACCAGUUGCACAAGGUCUAAGAGUUGAAAAACGACAGUUUCGCCCUCUUGACUUGGACGUUGAGUUUUUGGUCGUCUGAGGUAAGUCGAAGGCUGAAUUUUAGCAAUGACACUGUAGAUGGGCAAAUUGGUCUUAACUAAUAUAUACUUGUAGUUACUGAUUCGAGUGUAUAUAAACUCGCUCUUAUUUUUAUGCAUACUGCAUAAAGUACUUGUGUAUAAUUAUUGUCGGUUUCUUUCAUAGGAUGCUCUUUCUUAAACAAAUCCCGAAUGCUCAUUUGUCCCACCAAACCUUCGAUCCCGAGUUUAAUAUCACGCUUUCUUCUUUUAA